CGGCUAUUUCCGCCAAUGCUUGUUUGGCACGUUUCAACAAGCAAUUGUGAGCUUCAAGAUUAUCUUAGACCUGCAAUCAGAUCUGUAUAGUUAUUUGAUUAUUGUGAACCGCCUCGAAGCAUAAUUCACUGACCCCGCUGUACCUCCCCCCUCCCCAUUGUCUCCAUAUGCAGCAGGAAGUAUCUUUUCCCGUCUUAGAGCCAGAGCAACAGGGAAUAAUUGCCCCAGGUUCGUCGUUGUAUUUGUUAUCUAAAUUACGACAGAGAACGAAGCAGUUUCUCAGUGGAACUGGAGUCCAUGUCCAUAAUACUCUCGCGUGUCGGGAACAUGAAGACCAAUCGUAUGGCAAGUCAGAUGCACAAACACAAAGUUUGAUUGGUCCCUCGGCGCCAAGACCCACUGUCGCACCAGCGGAACCCCCACCUAGUCCACCCGAGGAAAGCCACAUUCAAGUGAACUUUACGAACUUUUGUAAUGCCGUAUUUGGAACGCCACCUCCACAGUUGUCGGAGGCAGCGGAGCGAGUGGUAAAAAGCAGGAAGUUCCUUUCCUGCAGAAAACGAUAUAUGGAAAUGUACAGCUUCAAGAAGGACUUGCCAGUGUUCAGAGCGGACCCGGAUAUUCAACUUAUGCGCCUCCUCAAUCUGAUACUGAUCAAAGUACGCGAGUUCGGCUUCGAUCAGCGGUACCUCCACGAUAUACACUAUGCCAAGCGUCCCCAACGCGAGCGGCGAUCCAAAUCGAGCCAAUCAUUUUCCUCCAGAUGUCUCGGCGUUGAGGUGCAGACAACGGCAAACGGGAAGCUCAAAUUCGGGUUUUCAAAUGCACUCGUAACCAUCGAUGCAAACCCCAGCCUUAUUCCUUCACCCUCUUCCGACGCAAGUUCAUGGCGACUCUCCGAUAAUCGGGUCCCGCCUUCGUCUUCACCUAACCGUUCUCCCGAGCCACGACAUGAUCACUCCCCAGGAGGAACCAAACGUCAACACCGCGAGUCACCACCUGAUAUGUCUGCUGGGUCUAACCGACAUGGAAAACGACAAAGGCCCGAUCCCAUUCCCAAAAAACUGUCGCCUCCUACCCCCGAUCCUUCUUCGCUCAAACACCACGCUCUUCGUACGUUAUCAACAAUUGGAAAUCGGCGGCAUGUUUUGGGGAUCCAUGUCGACGGAAACAUGUUCCAGCUUUGGUACUUCGAUCGUGCCGGGUCUAUCUGCUCCAGUAAGAUCAGCAUAAAGGAUGAUGCCGAGCUAUUCGCUACCUCUAUUGUAUUGUUCUCCCUCGCUAGCAAAGAGCGCCUCGGUUAUGAGCCUUGCUUCGAAGCACCAGCGGGCAUGAAGCGGCGGUCUUGGUCGACCAUCCGGAAUCACGAGGUUGGGGUGGAAGGAUAUCGCUUCAGGCUCCUUUCUGCCGCAUCAUUGUAUGGGCGAGGAACAUUCGUGUAUGAAGCUGAGCUUAUUUCAGGGCCAGUUAUCCAAUCCGGUCGCUUAGCCAUCAAAUGCUCCUGGCAGCCUAUAUCGAAACACCCGGAAGAUGAACUCUAUCGCCUAGCCAAUCAAAGAGGGGUGAGUGGCUUGGCGACUCUGCACGCUUCAUGCACGGUUUCCUUGCUUUCCGACGGUGUGCGCGGUGACCUCUUCGCGAACUGCUCCUACCAAGAUCGCGAGCUCCGAGUGCAGGUAUUGAGCCCAUUUUGUGUGCCACUAUAUACGGUUCAGAAUAUGGACACAUUCCAAACGGCAUUCACGUCAUUAGUUGCAGCCCAUCACGAGCUCCAUGAAAAGGCCGGCAUAUUGCAUCGAGACAUAAGCCCCAACAACUUGAUGGUGGACUCCAGUGAUCCUACCAAGGGCGUUCUCAUUGACCUAGAUAUGGCGGUUCGAGACAGAAAUCCCGACACUGGGGAGAGUCUGAACGUGCCUGUGCUUCCCGGUGCGCCCAUUGUUCGUAUAAAUGUCACGAUGGAGGAUCCCUGCUUCAUAUGCCCGACGGUGUGCUGGCAAAGACUCAAUUUCUUGUGAGUAACGGAAAGGAUUCAAACUUACUUUCGAUAAUGGAAAAGAAGAACAAUAUCGUGUCUUUGUUUAUGUCGAUUAAUGUGAUUGGCUUAUACUCAUCGUCCAUGACAAUCGCUUCUAGAUAGCGCAUUGGGCCAAACUUGUAACCAG